AUGAGUGAAAGUGCUACAGAUAAGGGCAAUAAGCCUCUUGGAACAUUGAUAUUUGACGAGAACAAUAACAUUCUCCUUUGCAGUGGGAUAGGGAAGUCCAGAAAACAGGAUAUUAUCCAACUGGCAACUUUACAUGUGGAUGAUGAAGGAUUCGCAAUGGUGGAAGAUAAACAGGCUGGGCUCACAGUAUCACUCUUCAGAGACGAGGAUAUGACUACAGUUGUGUAUACAAAGACCUAA